AUGACCGACAACUUUUGGGAACAACGCAAACUUCAAAUCGAACAAGAGAAGCAAGCCGAAAAGGAAAGAAAGGCUGCUGAACGAAAAGAGAAACAAGCACAACAAUCAGCCACCUCUGCAAUUCCUCAACAACAACAACCAUCACAACAAGAAAAGCCCAAGAAGAAGCCAGCAACUCCUUCUCAACAAAAGAAGAAGGUCUUCAAAAAGACUGGUGAGCAUCAACAACAACACAACACUUCAAGUAACGGAACAACACCUAAAGCUCAAGCCUCCUCUUCUGCUGCUGCCACCGAAGACCCUGAUUUCCAAACAGUGGAGAGAAAAACCGGAGGAAGAAGACAAUUCCAUAGAAAGCCAAAGAAGAAUUUCGAACACAAUGGUGAAAAGAAGAAGAAUAACAACAAUAGCAACUUUAAGGAAGAAAAGAAGGAAGAAAAGCCAACAACCACUGAAGCUAUUGUUCAACCUGCGCAAGUGAAGGUUUUCGCUUCACCUGCUGCUGAGGCUUCAACAACUAGUGCUGCCCUCACUGAUUGGGCUUCCUUAUUGAAACCAACUACUUCAAGUGCAUCUCGAGAUGCUUCUUCCACUGGGGCUGAUUCUGCUGCCAACACAACCAAGAAGAAGCAAGACAAGAAGACUGUGGUUGCAAAGAAACCAGUAUCAUCAUCAUCCUCCGAGACUAAUGGUCCAACCAAAACAACCACUAGUAACAGCAAACCACAGAAGGAUUUCGAGUCCGGAAAGAAUCUUCUCAGAUCCACCGAGGUUGAAAUUGACUCAAAUUUGUUAGAUGAAGUUGGUGUGUUUAUUCAACCAAGAGGUAUGACCAACAUUAACAAUUCUUGUUAUAUGAAUGCAGUGUUGCAAACCUUGGUCAGUCUUCCUCAAUUUUAUCAUUUAAUGAAGAAGCUCGGAAAGAUUUCACUCGACAAUGACGAAUAUCCACUCACCAACAAGAUGGCACGUUUGGUCAAUGAAUUCCAAGUCAUGAAAGGUUCCCGUUCUCAAAACGGUGAGCAAAAAGAUAGAAAAUAUUUUAUCAACGCUUCUUAUGAAAAGUUAACUCCUUCUUAUAUUGUGGACUAUAUUCAACAAUCUUCAACAAACUUGGAAGACUCUUUCCUCUUGGGUACUCAACAUGAUGCUCAUGAAUUUUUGACCUAUUUGUUGGAAAGACUUCAUGAGGAGCUCAAGAAGACUGAGACAACAUUGGGAAGAAAGAGCCCAGCUUCAACCAAGAAUAAUAAGAAGGGACUUCAAGAAGACUCUGAAGUUGCUGCCGAGGCCAGCGUUGAAGAGGAUGAAUGGAAAGAGGUUGGAAAGAAGAACAAAUCCAAUGCCAUUCGUGAGCAUGAAAUGGGUGAUAACAGCGCCAUCUCUCGUAUUUUCUGUGGAAAGAUGAAAAGCUUUGUUCAAAAACAAGGCGAAAAAGGAAGUGCUGUUGUUGAGCCAUUCUUCAGCUUGCAUUUGCCAAUCAAGGAUGAUAACAUUAAGGGUAUUAAAUUCGCAUUGAGAGAAAUGACCAAGGAAGAAAAUGUUUCUGAUAAGAAUGCAAAGACUACCAUUUAUCAACUUCCAAAAGUUCUCAUCUUGCACUUGAGAAGAUUCGAUUUCUCAGCUACUGAGGGUAUUCAAAAGAUUUCCAAGCGUAUUCGAUUUGAUUACGAAUUGAUUGUUGAUGAAAAGGUUGUGCCAAAUAUUAAGACCAUCACUGGAAAAUCAAACUUGAGAUAUAGACUUGCUAGCGUGAUAUGUCACCAUGGAAAGGAUGCUUCAGGUGGUCAUUACAGUACCUUUAUCCAACACGGAUGUGGAAAGUGGAUUCAUGUUGAUGACACCAAGGUCACUGUUGUAAGCUUACAACAUGUCUUGGACCAACAAGCAUACAUUCUGACCUAUGUCCAAGACGACAAUCAAGAACACUACACAAUGUUUGGGGAAGGAUUUUCAUCAUCGCCCUUGUUCAAUGAUUCAGAUGAAAAGAAGGAAAAAAAGGACAAGAAGAAGGACUCCAAACAAGAGAAACAGACUGCCUCUCCAUCCGUAACCCAAACCACUACUGUUUAA